CCGCCAUGACCACCACCCUCCAGCCCCAGGCCGUCCAAAUGAGCAUGGCGAACCUACCGACUCGCAGCCAAACGCAGGAGUGCCAGCACAAGGCGAAUCGCUUGAGGGGAGGAGGAGCUGCCAAGGAUUGCUUCCUGAGCGCGGUCGGGUGCUUCAUUUGUUUCGAGGGUUGCAAGGACUGUUGCGAGUGCUUUGCGGACAUCGUUUGCUGCCCUUGCGAGAUGUGCUGCUAAAC